AUGAAUCUGUUAUUUCAAGAUCCGUUCUCAGUGUUGAAAGAAUAUCCAGAACAAUUGACACACACGAUUGAGAACCCCUUGCAUACUGUGUGUAUUAAAUUCAGCCAAUAUGGGGAUUAUUUGGCGGUAGGCUCAUCGAAUGGAUCAGUCAUCAUAUUCGAUAUGGAUACGCAUAAACCAAUAACGAUGUUAGGUAAUCAGUUAGGUUCACAUACGCGGUCUAUUCAGUCUAUUGAAUGGUGGUCGAUGGAUAACAGGUUUAUUCUUACGUCUUCAAGGGAUUGGACCAUUAAACUAUGGGAUUUAUCCGAUUCAAAGAAGGUGAUGAAAACUAUACAAUUUGAAGAACCGGUUUGGAAUUGUAAAUGGAUAGAUAUGCCCGCAACUGAAGGCAAUGAUGAUUUUAAGAGAAAUUUAAAAUAUUGUAUUGUCACGACAUAUGAUUCUAAGAAUUCAUAUCUAGUAAAUUUAUCCGAAAGUGAUAUGGGUAAUGAGUCCCCAGUUAAAAGCACUUUGGGAGAAAAUACUUUUGAAAUUGUUGAUGAAAAUGAAUCGAAUGAAAUAGAUGAAGGUAAUACAUUGACAACAUGCAUAUAUCCUAUUCAUAAAAAUUUAAUAAUAAUAGGUACAUCAAAAGGUUGGCUCAAGUUUUAUAGAUUAAAGUUUCAAGAUGCCACCUUAAAAAUAAAAUUAUUAUAUAAGUCUAAAAUCAGUAACGCAAUUAUAAAACAUUUAGUGGUUUCAGAAAAUGGUGAUAAAUUAGCAAUUAAUUCUUCCGAUAGAACAAUAAGACAAUAUUUUUUGAAUGUUAAUGAUGAAAAUAUGCAGAAAGAUGAUGAUAAUGCAUCAAAUGGCAUCGAACUUACAUUGGUUCAUAAGUAUCAGGAUGUUAUCAAUAGAUUGCAAUGGAAUUCCAUUUUUUUCAGUAAUAACUCUGCUGAAUAUUUAAUUGCAUCAACUCAUGGUUCAUCGGCUCAUGAAUUAUAUAUAUGGGAAGCAAACUCGGGUAGUUUAGUAAGGGUGCUAGAAGGUUCUCAAGAAGAAUUGAUGGAUAUAGAUUGGAAUUUUUAUAAAAUGUGCAUCGCCAGCAAUGGUUUAGAAUCAGGGGAUAUAUACCUUUGGUCUAUUGUGAUUCCACCAAAAUGGAGUUCACUUGCGCCGGAUUUUGAGGAAAUCGAAGAUAAUAUCGAUUAUCAAGAAAAAGAAGAUGAAUUUGAUAGAGUUGACGAAAUAGAAUUUCAGCAGGAACAAAACGAGGUCGAAGAAAUGGAAAUAGAUUUGAUUACAAGAGAACAAUACGAUAUCAGAGGCAACGAUUUAUUCAAACCUAGUUUUACAAUCCCGCCAGAUUACUUAAGAAGUAUCCUCGCACAAUCUCACAAUAAAGUAUUCCUACCCUAA